CACUGAUCAACGGAAAGAGCCGAAGAUGUUGGCUCGGUCAUGUGAUCAGCUGUGUCCAAUCACAGGGACAUGUACACUGAUCAUCAGAGCACUGAUGAUCAGUGUGCCCUGAUGAUCUGUGUAGCCUCAGCAGUGCCACCUGUAAGUGUCCAUCAGUGCCAGCUGUCAGUGCUCAUCCAUGCCACCUGCCAGUGCCCAUCAGUGCCACAUUUCAGUGCUCAUCAGUGCCACAUCAAUGCCACAUAUCAGUGCCCAUCUGUGCUGCAUUUCAGUGUCACCCAUCAGUGCCAGUCAGUGCCACCUAUCAGUGCUGCCAAUCAGUGCCACCUAUCAGUGCCAGUCAGUGCCGCCUAUCAGUGCCAGUCAGUG